AUGCGUGGAUUAUGGUGGGCGGCAGUACCCAUCAUCAUCUCAAUACUCUGGCUUUACACCAGCGUCCUCACCUCCUCCUUUCCCAUGUUACGCAACAAGCGCAUCUGUCUCUUGAUAGCACACCCAGACGACGAAGCAAUGUUUUUUGCUCCUACAGUACUUGCCCUCACACGACCUGAACUCGGCAACCACGUCAAAAUCCUGUGUUUGAGCUCUGGAGACGCCGAUGGCUUGGGCCACAUCCGCAAGCAAGAACUGGUCAAGAGCGGACUAUUACUAGGCUUGAGAAACGCAGAUGAUGUGCUGGUGCUGGAUGAUGAGAGGUUCCCUGAUUCGAUGACCACGACUUGGGAUAGCAAGGCAAUUGCAAAUCUACUGGCUUCUACGUUUGCGCCGAAGAUGGCGAAGAUGGCCGCGAAGUCUUCUCCCGAGGCUAAUAUCGAUGUUUUGGUUACUUUCGACGAUAUUGGUGUCUCUUCUCAUCCGAACCACAUUUCUCUGUAUCAUGGUGGACUUGCUUUCCUAAAGCAGAUCAUGCAGAAACACUCUGGCUGGGAGCAUCCGAUCAAAAUGUACACGCUAUCUUCGGUCAACGUGGCCAGAAAAUAUGCAAGUAUACUGGAUGCACCAUUGACGAUUCUGAAAACGGCAUUCACGAAGAAAGAAGCUGGCGACUUCCCUACUCCUCUGGUGGUCGUUAGCGGCAUUGGCGACUACAGAACAGCACAAAGAGCCAUGACGAACGCGCACGAAAGCCAAAUGAGGUGGUUCCGAUGGGGUUGGAUCAGCAUAUCAAGAUAUAUGGUGCUAAACGACUUAAAGAAGGUUAAGGUGGUCUAA